AUGGCGGGUAGCAAGCUCUCCAGGCCCCAGGAUAAAUCGACCAAAAAGCGAAAGAGAGACCUGAACGAGGCCGAUGCGCGAUCAAAGAGAUCACGGCCGCAGCAAGGCGAUGAGGAGGAACAGGCAGAGUCUCCAGCUGACGGAGACUCUGAAAUCGAGGAUAACCUUCAAAAUGGAGCGUUGUUGAGGUCAAAAAGCAAUGGUGAUGAGAGACUGAUCGGCCGUUUUUUUGAUGGAGAAACUGGCUGGAGAAUCUCUAAGCCUAUGGGCGGUAGAAUGCUCGACAUUGAUCCAAUCCUUACCCAAGAUGACCAAUACCUUAUCUUGACAUACAACACCUCCAUUCAAGUGUACACAGCUAGCGACUCCUUACUCUUGAGACGAAUCCCGAUAGGCGCCGCCGAUGCCUCUUCGUCAAAGGGCACGUCUCCUGCGAACAUUGUUGCGACCAAACUGUCCAUCCAGAACCCCGAAUACCUCUGGGUUGCCUGCUCAGACGGUCGCAUUUACUUUGUGAACUGGACAGAGACCGCCGAGACACACCAGAGCUUCCAGACGGUGACAGGCACGGCUCAUGCAAUCACGGUGACCGCUACCGAGGUUUCGGGCUCAAAGGCCGAUGUUAUCGUGGUAGCUGAAUCAGCCAAGUCAAAUCGGAUGGAAUUGACCGCAUAUGGCGGGGAUAUUCUCUCAUCUCCGCUCUCAAAGGUUAUUUUGAGCACCAAGAAGUCGGGCAAUGGCUUGCACUUGAUUGAGUCUAGCCAGGAUGGCCUUGUCUUGGUCGGUGCUCUCAAUGACUCUCUGUUCCUUGGUGUAGCCUCACACAAGCAGUCAGUCGGUUUCGAACAGCUGCAGUACGACUUCUUUUCAUUCGACGUGCCCGAUAUCAUCACCACUCUCGAUUUCAGAGUUUAUCCAGCUUCUGCCCUGAACAAGUCCAAGGGACGACGCGACUCUGAGAACGUCGUGGACGUUAUUGUUGGUGGUGCACGAGGAGCUAUCUAUCUCUACCAUGAUGCUCUCUCUCGAAGCCAAUCACUUGGAAAGUCCAAUUCCUCUAAGGAGGGCAUCCAAGCCCAGAAAUUCCACUGGCACCGAAAGGCGGUCCAUGCCGUCAAGUGGUCUCGAGACGGCAACUACAUGAUCUCUGGAGGUUCUGAAAACGUCCUUGUGCUGUGGCAGAUGGAUACCGCCAAAAAGGAUUUCCUUCCACACCUGUCAGGCAGUGUAGAAAACAUUGUCGUUUCCACCAGCGGAUCAUCCUACGUUGUGCAUCUGGAUGACAACUCAACAAUGGUCUUAUCCACUGCUGAACUUAAGCCGACCACAUAUAUUUCUGGCAUUCAAUCCGCCGCCGCCGAAGCUUCGACACCUAAAGACUUGCUCGUGCAGCGCGUUUGGUCAGUAGCGGAUACAGUGCGACGGCCUAUACCCGCUGCAAUCAACGCAACGGAACCCUCCAAGCUUCACUCUUUUGACCUCGAAACCUUUACGAGCAUCUCCAAGCAGGCUUUAGCUCGGACACAACCUACAGACGUCAACUUGACCAACAAGGGCUACGCCAUUGAAGAGCCUGUCGUUACACACAUUGCCUUUUCUGCAGAUGGAAAGUGGCUGGCCAGUGUCGAUGACUGGACUCCUACAAAUAGGGAUGUCGCAACAGUUAGUGGCGAGGCCGGCGACCAGUUCCUCAAGGAGAGGCACGAGUCAUACCUCAAGUUUUGGCAGGUCAACGGCGAGGAUAACUCAAUUGCCCUUGUAUCUAGGAUUAAUGCGCCUCAUACAACGAGCCACCCCGAGACUGUCCUUGAUCUUGCAUCGAACAAUGCCUCAACUUGCUUCGCCACUAUUGCUGGAGACGGCAUUGUUCGUCUAUGGCGACCAAAGGCUCGCCAGCAAGAAGGUUCGCGAAACACAGAUGCCAAUGUGGAGUUCACUUGGGUUUGCUCCCGGAUAAUUCCCAUUGGCGAUGGACUUGGUGUCGUCGCAGACAUCCCCGGCGAUGCGGCUGGUUCUGCACAGGCCCAAGCCCGCCUCGCAUUUUCGGAAGACGGUUCUACUUUGUUUGCCGCAUUUGGCGCUCUCGACACGGGAGCAGUGUAUGUUAUCAAUGCGGCCUCUGGUGAAGUCGUCAAGAUUCUGGAGGGUCUCUGGAAGGGACAGCUGCACUCAUUGCGAGUCCUGUCACAGUAUCUGAUUGUGCUUUCCGAGGAGCUGCAUGUCUAUGAUGUUGUGAGCGACGAUCUACGGUAUGGAAUUGUUGUCCCUAAGACUGGAGCCGAUGAGCUACUACAGCUUGCUGUCGACUCGGUAACUGGCCACUUCGCCGUCACCCUUCCUCUCGGAAACACCUCUAGCAUAGGAGUCUUCCACCCCAGCGAACCUGAGCCGCUCAUCGUUUGCAACACCCCCCAUCGAAUCGUGAGCCUCGUUUCAGUACCCGGAACCAGUGGCUUUGUCGCGCUUGAUGAUGUUGCCCAGAUCUGGACCAUUACCGAAGGCUCCAACGCGUCGACCAUCUUGGCUGCUCAGCCCCUUCAAGAUUUGCGACUCGAUAAUGCUUCUCAGGAGGCUGAUAAUAACAAGUUGGCCGUCCUCUUGGGAGGAGACGCUGAGAGCGAUGAUGAGAUGGAGGAGGCCCAGAACGCAGACGAGGAUGUGGAGAUGGAUGACGAUGAUGUUCAGACCAACAUUAUACCCCAACAAUACCUGGCAGACAUUUUCGACGCUGCCCCAGCCUUUGCCGGCGCUUCUAUCGAAGACAUGUUUUACAAGGUCACUGGUCUCCUUGCAACCAAGCCACUAUCGGCUACUUCUGUAUAA